GGCUUAUGGGACAGCUGGGCGGGGCCGGGGAGGGCAGGGCCGCGCGGAAGUCCUGACCUGCAGGUGGCGCCGGCCGGAGGCUGGGGCGUUGCUGCCACCAGUGGGCGGGGCAGCGGGGCAGCGGGGCGGGGGCACCCUCACCUGUCCGUGUGUGGGGAUCAGCCUGGGCUCCGUGGCCUCCGCUUGCACCGGACGUGGACCCAGGCUACCGGUGGGCAAGAUAGAGGACUGAGCCCAGGCACGCACGGCUGGCCAGGUGGGAUCCCCACCCCCGCUCAGCCUUCUUUCUGCAUGGAUGCUGAAGGACCAGGCUCACUUGAAGUUCUGAGUUUGAGCAGUAAGGUGGAAACAAAGAAACCAAUGGAAACAAAGAAACAAGUCAUUGUGGCAAAGCUCCCCACCACAGAGAAGCUGCCCUGAGUGGAAGGGAGGGUGUGGGCAUGCCCAUUUGUUUCGUGUCUCCCAGUGCUCUUCGCUUUCUUAUUGCAGACCUGCAUGGUUACAACAAAAUGAUCUGCAAAACUGAAAAUAUUUACUCUCUGGCUUUUACAGAAAAGGCUGACCAGCCUCUGGUUCCCGUACCGGUCAACUGAUUGGAGUACCUUUCCAGUUUGGAAACAUCUGGGCAGGCCCAGCUGGUAAGUUUACUUUUCUACUUUGACCAAGCAAACUGAAGCCAACAGAAGAGAACUUUCACCAGCAACUCCCAGCACAUCCGCUCGCCUUCUGAUGUCUGUGACCUCACUCUCGCUGCCCCACCUCUUAUUACAGAUUGAACAGGAUCCAGGGGGAAUUACCAAGCCUGUCCCAUCGGCCAUCCUGUGUGUCAUGUCCUGUGACCCAGUGGAUGCUCAGCACCCUCCAGCUGAAGAAACAGAUUGCCUUAGGUACAUGAAAGGUGAGGACACCUACUAUCCCCAUGGAGCCCAGGUGGGGCUGGGAGUCUGCUGUUUGUACAGCCGGUGGGCUCGUGUUGCUUUGGGCAUCCCUGUGCCUGAAUUCCUGCAGUACACUCGGUGCCUGUUUCCUAAUCUGCAAAACUGGAAUGAUGUUAACCAUCCCGCAGUGCAUUCCAUGGUGCAUCCUCGCCUAGAAUUGAGUGGAAGCAAGUCCAUCUCAGAAGGGACAUACCUGAAGAGAAAUGGCUUUCCAGACUCUGAAGGGCAGAGAAAGCACCAGCCUGGGUUAGAGAAAGAGAACAGCAUCUCUGAGCCCGUCCUGGGUGACUUCACAGAGAUCACCCUAGUGGCCCAGGCUAGUGACCGGGAACAUGUACCUUCCUGCAGCCAACCCCAGACGUCCACUGAUGCAUCAUAUACUGGCAAAGAUCCUGGCCUGGGGGGGCGUUGGCCGCCGGAGAUUCGCCAGAUGUUGGACUCCAGCUUAACCACCGGAAGUGGGCAGGAUGUGCUGAGGGGGCGGAGGCAGCCGCCAAGGCAGCGACGGAGGGGGCUGUCCCUGGCCAGCCGGUCAAUUUGUUCCCAUCUCAACAUUUGCUGUCCCAGUUUCGCAGGACGCCCUUCUCCAGUUUAUCCUUCUCCUGGGAGGUGACAUUUUAGGUUAUUGGGUCCCAGAUUGCUGGCACACUCAUCCCUGUUCUCAAACAUCUUUUAAACUUGGGUGAAGUGAUAAGUUGGGGAAGAAGAUGAUUUACUGAAAGUCUCCCGAGAAGAGAUUCAGACUGAACAGCUUUGUGUCGGACUUUGGAAGACCGCUGGUGCCCAAGGGGUUCUCUGGCAGCACAAUGACGAAUCUAGGUCCCUCUUUCACUGCUACGUCAAUGAAGUGGACCGCUUGGACAAGGCCAAAGCUGGUAUCCCAACCAUAGCCCUUGACAGUGAUGUUCGGCUCCAGGAAGCCAUCAGAUGCAGCAGGUGGCCAGAGGAGGAGCCGAACGGGCUCAUGAAAUGUGACACCCCCAGCUUCAUCAACACGGACCAGAACUCUUCCUUUGGGGAAGAUGAUCUCCUGAUUUUGGAACCACCUAUUGUUCUAGAAAAUAAGCCAGUUGCCCAGACCUCACACAAAGACUUGAAUUGGAAAUGUGCUUUGUCAAGUGUUUCUCUGAAGAUGUGAAGUCUGUCUUUGUAUGGCAGGAAGUCCCCUUUCACAAAAUUGUAUGUGUUUGUGUCUGAGAGAGAGAAAUGGAGACAGACAGAAAGACGGAGACAGAAGAGAGCCCCCUCAGAAGAGAGCUAGUUAAGCAUCCCAGACUGACGAAGACAGUGGAGAAUGCCUCUGAGUUUGGCACUGAUUGCCUGGAGAAUGCUGAAACCCAGGGAAGUGGGCAGCACAGACGUUUACUCAUUUAAUCCUGCCAACACAGUAGGAGAUAGAGUCCACAUAUUCCUCGCUACUUAAAAGAUCCCUGCCUUCUCUCUGCUCCUCCUGUCCAUGUCUCUUCCUCCACUUUUCCCCUUCUCCCGUCCUCCUCCCAUCUUCUCCGUCCCUCGCUUCCCCACCUUCUCUCACAGAACUCGGAGAGGAUCGCUGGCCCUGCUGCGCAUGCGCAGUCGUUGCCAGCUGGAACGAGGGUUGGAAGCUCCAGCUCCGAGCCGGGGAUCGGCCCCAAAAGCUGCUCAGCUCUUUCGCCCGGUAGGACAUUUGCUCCUGCCCCGGCGCCCCGGCCACAGCUGUCCAGGGCCAGGUGUGCACCUGCCGCCUCUCGCCCCAGCCGGGCUCCCCUGUGUCCGUGGCUGGCGUCCCUUUCCCCUCUCCCACCCGCGAGUCCUCUCCUCCCGGGCUGCCUCUCCUCGGCCGCCAGCCCGUCCCCGCCCCUGGGCGGACUGUGUCCUUGGCGGGCGGUGUCUGCGGACCCGGAUGAGUCGGGCGGCUGGGGCUGGGGCUGGCCUCCGAGCGGGGCUACAACCCGCGUCCCCCCCGUCUUUCCCUGCCCCGCGACCCCGGGGCUGCCCUCCUCUCCCUUUCCCUCUCCCUGGGGACCAGCUCAGUGGUGUCUGCGCUGCUCCCCCGGCUGAGUGCCUCCGGCUGUAAACCCCAGCUUCUCCUGGUGGAGUCGGGAAAAGGGAGCGUCAGUGCUGAGCGUGCUUCCGUCUCCUCCCUCAGUGUUUCUGCCCCAGAUGAGCUGGCAGAUGUAGUGGCCUGGGCAAAGCUGAGGACACAGAUGCCAGCACCGUGCCACUCCCAGGCUGGCUCCAUUCCCGUCACCUGUCACCUCCUGCUGAGUCCCCAGGCGUCAGUCAAUGUCGGUACAUCGGUGCAACAUUCUUGUGUACCAGGCAUGGCUCCCGGCAUCAAAAUACAGCAGCGCAUUAAACCUCCCUCCUGGUGGGUCUGUCUGUUUUGGUACCGUAAGGGCUCAGCCAGCAUCUGAACGUCAGUGAGAUAACGCGGCCAGUGAGCUCGGGUCAAUACGUUCUGGUUACUGAGACCCUCGAAUUCCCAUAUGAAUUGUAGCAGCAGCUAGUCAGUUUCUGCAGAGGAGACCGCAGGGAUUGUGAUCGAGACCACAUUGAAUAUACGGAUCGUUCUGGGGAGCACUGCCAUUCCAAGAGCGCUGUCUUCUGAUCCAGCAAUGUGCGUGGUUUGUCCAGGUGAUAAUGCUCUGGCUGCUGAAUGUGCCCUUUCCCCAGACUUGGUUUUGGAGUUAAGUCACCAUCAGUGGAGCCCUCUCUUUAAAAGAUGAAGAAACCAUUUGCUCCUUCUCCCUGGUUGGGGACUUGGAUGAGAUGAGGUAACAGAUAAAGAAUGGAGCCCCACCUCAUUCUAACACCCGCUCGUUCCGUUCCUUUCUCCACGGAAAAAGAGUACAA